UGCUCUCGGUUCGUGCAGCUCAACCGACUGGAACCCCCUUCGUUCGAGAUGGCGUCCUGCAAGAUCGCGGUGCUCGUCCUGGCCUUCGCGGGAGCGGUGCUGGCCUACCCCGGCGGCCACGCCGAGUCGUACGCCUCAGUCAUCCAGCACUCCGUGCCCAUCGCCAUCCACCACGAGCCCGUCAAGCACGAAGAGCACCACGAGCACAUCAUCCUGGCGCACCCCAAGUACGACUUCAAGUACGGCGUGGAGGACCACCACACCGGCGACCACAAGGACGCCAAGGAGGAGCGCGACGGCGACGUGGUGAAGGGCGAGUACUCCCUGCUGCAGCCCGACGGCAGGAAGCGCAUCGUCCACUACACGUCCAGCAAGCACGGCGGCUUCAACGCCAUCGUGUCCUACAGUGGCCACGCCAUCCACCCCGAGGUGCAUAGCCAUGGCCACUACUAGGCGGUCCAGCAUGCAGCCAACCUCGUCGCCAAAGUCAUCCCCAUCACCAGCAUCUCCAUUCAUCACUCCAUCAUCAUCGUCGUGUAUAUAAAGAAGCUACUGUCGAUAAAUCUAAAUAAAGACUGAUCAAGAAAUGCAA